AUGACAGUAAUUGAAAGGGACAAAGCUCGAGAAAAAUUUUCAAAUACCCCACAAGCGUUUGAAGGUGCUAUUGGUGCUAUUGACUGCACACAUAUAAAUAUUAUUGCCCCAAAGAAUCAUGAAGAAGCAUACGUGAAUCAUCAUGGGAACCAUUCUCUUAAUGUUCAAGCGGUAGUUGAUCCAGACUUAAAAAUAUUAACUUUAAAUAUUAAUGCCAGAUUCCCAGGUGCAAGAAAUGAUUCUUACAUAUGGAGUGUUUCUUCUAUACGGAGGGCUAUGGAAUUUCAUUACAAUAAGGGUGAAAGAUACACAUGGUUAAUUGGUGAUGCUGGUUAUCCUCUUGAGCUUUGGCUUUUAACACCACUAACACGUUAUCCAGAAGGGACAAGACAGUAUCAAUAUACAAAAAAACACUGCAAAGCCAGAAAUAUUGUAGAAAGAUUUUAUGGUGUAUUCAAAAGUAUGUGGAGAUGCCUCUCAUAUCAACGUGUCUUGAUGUAUGCACCUGAAACAGCUGGAAAAAUUUUAAAUGCAUGCGAAAUUAUACAUAACAUGCGUGUUCAUUAUCGUCUUCCUAUUCAGCCUUUCGAAGAUUGUAUUGAACAAGAACCAGUUAGAGGAAAUAAUAGAAUUACCGAAAAUAAUGAAAUUGAAGAUAGAAGAGGACCAAGGGUGGUUGCAAUGAGAAUACAAAAACAGUUAAUGGCAAACUGGUUCCCUAAUUAUGUCGAUGAUGAUCAAUAA